AAGUCCCUCUAUCCGGUCACUUCCAAGCAAACCACAAUCAACCCGAUUCUCAAAGGAAACAAAAAAAAGCGAAAAUGAGACUCAACGCCCUCUACCUUAUCACCCUCACUCUAACCCUAACAACCGCGCGCGCCCUCCCCUCCAACAACGGCAUCGGCCCGAUAAUCAUCGAACCCGUCGACGAGCGAACGAACCGUUUUGUUGGCCCGGGGUCGGAUCUUGAGAAGUGUGGCUCGGAUAUGGAUUGUCAAUUUUUGUCGUGCGCUGGUGGUAUGAAGCCAAAGUGUGAGGUAGAGGCUGCUGUUCCGUUCUGUCGCUGCAAGUAACGAGUAGACUUUAUAGUCCUGGUUAAAUAU